CUUGCUAUCAUUUAUGUAAGAGGCAAACAUCCAACCCAAAAAGGCAAAAUCCUCAAAUCACCCCCUGACAAAUAUGGGUAGGGACGGAUCCACCCCUAAAAAAAAAGCAGGACAAAUGACACUCCAAAAGUAUCGAUUUUUUCAAAUCGAUCAUUAUCUAACAGGCGACGUCAUCACCGUCACGAUCUCCGUUUAGCCUGUACCAACAUGUCGUUUUUUCACACGCUGGAUGCUGAUGUGUACCAAUUUCCACCUCUCCCCUCUGCUUUUGGCAUUUUGCUCUCCUCCUCCUCCUCUACGGCUGAAGUGUUUGUUAUCUUCCACAAUGGGUGUGUUUCUCCGGCUCCACCUCCUCCGGCCCACAACAUCACCGCUAUUCUUGAUGGGUUCCCUGAAUAUUCUCAGUUCAACAACUACCUCACCCAAACAAAGCUUGACGACGAGAUCAACAGUCGCCAAACAAUCACCGUCCUAGCCCUCAACAAUGGUGCCAUGUCUGCCCUGGCGGACAAACACCCCCUCUCUGUCAUCAAGAACGUUCUUAGCCUCCUCGUUCUUCUCGACUAUUUCGACGGAGGGAAGCUCCACCAAAUCUCCAACGGCACCACUCUCAGCACCACUCUUUACCAAACUACUGGUAAUGCCCCUGGGAACCUAGGCUUCGUCAACAUCACCGAUCUCCAAGGAGGGAAGGUCGGAUUCGGCUCCGCCGCUCCCGGCUCUAAGCUUGACUCUUCCUACACCAAAUCAGUCAAGCAAAUCCCCUACAACAUCUCUGUCCUCGAGAUCAGUGCACCUAUUAUUGCGCCAGGGAUUCUGACGGCUCCGCCUCCGUCCGCUUCCAAUUUGAACAUCACUGGUUUGUUGGAGAAAGCCGGAUGCAAAACGUUCGCUAGCUUGCUUGUCUCGAGUGGCGUGAUUAAGACCUACCAAUCGGCGCUUGAUAAAGGCUUGACCAUUUUGGCGCCGAAUGAUGAGGCGUUUAAGGCUACUGGCGUCCCCGAUCUGAGCAAACUAACAAACGCCGAAGUGGUAUCGCUUCUGGAGUAUCACGCAUUGCCAGCGUACACUCCUAAGGGGACACUGAAGACGACGAAAGAUCCUAUCUCUACGUUGGCCACUAACAGUGCUGGAAAGUUCGAUCUGACCGCUACAUCUGCCGGUGACGAUGUGACGCUUCACACUGGAGUUGACUCGUCGCGAGUCGCGGAUACAGUGCUUGACUCAGCACCUGUCUCCAUUCUCACCGUAGACAGCUUGUUGCUACCUGAGGAGCUAUUUGGCAAGUUUCCAUCUCCAGCACCGGCUUCGGAGCCCGGCAAGAAACCAGGUGGGUAGUAUAGAUUCUGUUUCUGGUUGUAUUACGAAACCUAAGAUCUUUUCUUAGGUACACAUCAGCAUCUAGCGUGUGAAAAAACGACACGCUGGCAC